AUGGGUCUUCCACAAUCACCAGGCGAGCCAGCGACGACCUCGCCGCCCACACAAACUUCUAGUACCUCGACGAAACCGCCCACGGCGUCAGAUCUCCCGCCAGAAGCCCUCGCUCUCGCGACAAGACUCUUCGAGUAUGCUCGUCAAGGACAGACAUCCGAACUCUCACAAUACGUUUCCGCCGGUAUUCCGGUGAACCUCACUAACCACAAAGGCGACACGCUUAUCAUGCUAGCCGCAUAUCACGGCCACCUAGACACAGUGAAGACGCUGCUUGAGAAGGGAGCGGAUAUGAACGUUUUGAACGACAGAGGCCAGAGUCCGAUCGCAGGCGCUGUGUUCAAGGGCUAUGACGAGGUCGUAAGAGCUAUGGUAGAAAAGGGAGCGGAUCUGUAUGCUGGACAGCCCAAUGCGGUUGAUGCUGCGCGGAUGUUUCGAAGAGAAGGAAUGUUGGAAUUAUUUGGAGUUGAACAAUGA